AUGGUCCUUAACCACCUGGAAGAGUUGAACCAAUGGACAGUGGAGGAUGGGGCGAUGCUCUGCCUCAGGACGCUGAUCAUCGAUGGCUGCAAGGAGUUGAAGAUGCUUCCACAAGGGUUGACGGGCUUAGCUAGUCUGAAAGAGUUCACCCUGAUGAACAUGACCGACGAACUCUAUUCUAGGGUUAAGAAAGGAGAGGGAGACGAUUGGGAGAAAAUCCGGCACAUACCCUUAAUCACUGUCAACUUUGAUAGGAUAACAUGA